CACACCUCACCGCCUGUUUCACCCUCUCCUCGCACCCUUGCACUUGGUUAAACAGUCAUCAUGGCGGCGCUCGAGGGCAUGAACAAGUCGCUCUUUGCUGAGGUUGACCCAGCCCAGGCCGGCGGCCAGGAAGUUACGGUCAAGGUUACGCUGCAGAAGUACGAGCGCGGCAAGCUUGACGAGCGGACCAAGUCGAUGCGGUUCAACAACGCCAUGUAUGUGGACGAUGUGUGCAAGCAAGUGGCGGAGGCCUUCCGCAUGGACGACUCGCCGCAGUUUGCUUUGUGGAACGACGGCGGCGGCGUGCUCGAGGACUCGUACUUUCUCAAGCGCGAGCAGACGCUCCGCUUCUACGACAUUGUCAACCUCGACGAGCUGACGUACAAGUCCAAGAUGCGCCCGCUGCGUGUCGAGCUCAUGGACGGCUCUAUCAAGACGGUCAUGAUCGACAUGUCGGCGCCGACCAAGGACCUCGUGGCGCUGGUGUGCGAGAAGAACGGCAUUGCCAACCCGGCCGAGUUUGCCUUCCAGGUCUCGCUCACCGAGGAGCAGAAGGAGGCCGAGGCCAAGCGGCAGAAGGAGGUGGCCAAGAUCCGCGCCAAGGCCGGCCUGGACACCUCGUUCUCGGGCACCAAGAUUGUGAGCAAGAAGGGCAUCGACGAGGACUGGCUUUCGGCCGACCAGACGCUUGCCCAGUGCGGCGUCCUGCCCGAGUACUCGGUCCUGCUCAAGAAAAAGUUCUUCUUCUCGGACGCUUCGGUCGAUACCUCGGACCCGCUCACGCUCUCGCUCCUCUUCAACCAGUACCAGGACGACGUUGCCAACGGCAACCUGCCGGUUGCCCGUGAUGAGGCCAUUCUCCUUGCCGCGCUCUCGGCCCAGGUCACGCUCGGCGACCACGCCCCGGGCAAGCAUACGGUUAAGAAGAUCGACUUUGGCCAGUGGCUCCCCGAGGAGUACCGCAAGGAGGGCAAGAAGACGUUUAAGGAGGUCCUCGCCGCCCAUGCCAAGAUCCGCGGGACCAAGGCCGAUGCCGCCAAGUUCCGCUUUGUCCAGCUCAUCCGCUCGCUCGAGACCUUUGGCAUCUCCACUUAUCACGUUCAGGAGCCGAUCCGCUCCAAGAAGACCAACAAGCUGACCAAGAAGUUCCAGCCGGUCAUUCUCGGUGUCUCCAAGUCGCACCUGUACCGGUUCGACCCCAUCGAGAAGAAGUCGCUCUCGAAGCCGUUUGCGCUCACCCAGCUCCGCCGCUGGGCCCCGUCCGACACCUCACUCACGCUUGACUUUGGUGACCACGACCAGGAGUACUACACCGUUCUCACCGAGGAGGGCCGCGCCAUUGCCGCCCUCAUCUCCGGGUACAUCGACCUCAUUCUCUCGCAGCGCCGCGACCGUGAGAAGGAGAUUGAGGACGACCAGCAGACCAUCAUUAUGGAGGAGACUAUUGCGCCGUCCAACGCCCACGCCAUCACCAAGACCACCUCGGGCGUCUUCCACCGCAUGGACUCGUCUUCGGUCCUCGGCGUCGGGUCUGUCGGUGCCAACCGCCUCUCUGCCGCCCGCGGCUCGUCCGCUGUCUCGGUCCGGAAGCUCGACAAGGCGCUCAAGCUCUCGGUCAAGGCUCUCCAGUCCGCAGACCGCCCAGUCGAGCCGUACGCCGGCGAUGAGAACAUGGGCGAGACCGCGCGCGAGCGUGCCAUCAACCUUCAGUCCACCCGCGACAUGCUCGACUCAAUCCUCGCCGAGAUGUCAAGCGUCUCGGGUGACGUUGUCUCCGCCGCCGGCGUCACCUCGGCCGACCGUCUUAAGAAGUACGACCUUCUCGAGUCGUCCGAGCAGCUUGUUGCCCUUGCCGAUGACCUUCGCUCGGUCCUUGCAUCCCGCUCCAUGGCCGACGCCGGUCUCGACGAGCUCGCCGACGGCGUCACCGCCUCGCUCGUCGCCCUCCUUCAGGCUGCCGACCUCGCCGCCAAAGACGUGGCCAAGGGCAACGCCGGCGCCUCACUCGAUCAGCUGCUCAAGGCUGCUGGCGACCUCUCUGUCGCCCUGCAGACACUCUCAUCGACCAAGCCCAUUCCGGGUGUCGACCUUGCCUCGCUCCUAGCUGCCGCCUCGGACCUCAACUCGGCCCUCGACUCGCUCAUUGGCGCGCCGCUGACCACCGCCGACCCGGCGCUCUCCAAGCCCAUCGACGACGCUCGCUCCGCCGUUGUCGACUACGGUCGUCACACUGUCGCGCUCUCGGCUCUCGCCACCGCGUCGGACGCCUCGGGCAUUGCCAAGCUUCGACUCCAGGGCCUUGUUCUCGACGACGCGCUCUCUUCGCUUGUCACCGCGGCUUCGAUCGAUGGCGUCUCGCCCGUCGACAUGCAGGAGCUGCUUCGGCUCGCAGGCCAGGUCUCGGACGCACUCGGUGCCCUCCGCGCCGCCACCGACUCGGACCCGCCGCCGCCGGUCCGCCCAGUUCUUGCGCUCUCGACUCUGGUCGCAGCCGACCGCGCCGCCGCCGCCACCACCGCUGCCCUAGACGCGCUCGACGACGCCGAGAACGACGAGGCGACGGCUGCUGCCACCGCCGCGCUUGCCGGCUCGCUUGCUCCGCUCACGGGUUCGGACCCGACCGCGCCGUUUUCGCUCGCCACCCUCGCCGCCGUCCCGGGCGUCGAUGCCGCCGCCCUCGCCUCGCUCAUGUCGACUGCUUCGUCGCUCGCCACCUCGCUUGCCUCGCUCACCGCCGAGAUGGAGCCGGCCGCCCUCGACGCCGCCGCCGGGACCCUUGGCUCGGGCCUCGAGUCCCUCGCCAAGGACUCGCGCAAGGCCAAGAUCCUUGCCGCCCGUGGCGUUGCCGACUCGGCCGCCGCCCUCCUGCCGCUCGCGCAGCGCGAGGCCGAGGCUGAGUCAAACGACCUCGUCAAGGCCGAGCUGGUCGCCUCGUCGGCAGCGCUCUCGGACUCGCUCGGCGCGCUCCAGGCUGCCAUCACCAAGUUUGAGGAGACCCGCUCUGACGCCGACCUUGCCGCCGUCACUGCCGCCGCCUUGGCGGUGGGCGCCAAGUCGGACGCGCUCAACGCGCUCCGCGCCUCGCGCCAGGCCCUGCUCAUCCUCGCCACAGAGGCCAAGGCUGCCACGCUUGCGGCGUCGAACACCCGGACCGUCCUCGUCACCGUUGACUCGGCCAUCGACACCGACGCGCUGCGGACUGCCAAGCGUGCGGCGUCGGGCAUGGCCAAGCCAAACGCGGCACUGGGCGACUCGGCUCUCUACUACGAGGCUGAGCCGCAUGGCCGCGAGUCGCAGACGGCUCUGCUCGACGCGGUCGCCGCCGCUCUCCCGGCCUACGCCGAGACAAACCUCGCCAUUGGUACCCUCACCGCUGCCGGCUUCCACAACCCGGGUGAGGAGUAUCUGCUCUCCAAGGCCAAGGCCGAGUCUGACGAGCGGGUCACCGCCCUUGUCAAGGCCUUUAACGCCGCCAAGGCCGCCAACUGGCUCUACGACGUCUCAGCCGCUCUCAAAACCCUCCAGGACAGCGCGUCGUCGGUCGCAGCCGGCAUCUCGGCGCUCUCGGCCGGUACCUUUGGUGCCAAGGAAGAUGCGCUUGACGCCGACACGCGCGCCUCGCGCGAGACCGUCGCCCGCCGCUCGGCCUCUGACGGUAUCGACUCGACCGUCGCUGCCUCGGCGGCGCUCUCGGCCACGCUCCAGCUGCUCUCGGCCGAGUCGCCGGCCGCUGCCGCCUCGGGCCUCGCCGCCGUCGCCUCGCGGACCAUUGCUGCCAUCCUCGACCUGCUCGCUGUCGGCGAGACCAAGGGCGGACGGACGCGUGCGACGCUCGACGCUGCCGCCGGCCUCGUCUCGGCGCUCAUUGCCGAGGUCGAGCUCACCCAGGAAGCCGGCAUUGCUGCCCUCAACCGCUAUGACGGGCCAACGCCCGACGACGCCGCCGCAGUCCACGACGCCGCUCUCGACGCCGCCGCCGAGCUCCGGGGCUCGCUCCCGGGCUCGCGCGGCUGCGCCGAAGCGCUGGCACACAUCCAGAAGGCCGGCAAGCCGGUGCUCGCUGUCCCGCUGCCCGGUGAUGCAACUGCAUCUGCCGCCGCUGCCGCGGCGACGGCCAAGGCCGCCGCAGACGCAGCAGCACUUGCGUCGGACGCCGAUGCUGAUGAGCCCGACGCGCCGGCUCCGGCUGUGCCGACUGGCCCCGAGUACGAGUACGAGUUCUACGAGGUGACGGUGAUGCUUCCGGCCAAGCCGCCGAUCCCAGCCAAGCCGCAGGUGGCGCCGGACCCCAAGGUGGUGCCUGCGCCCUGGGAGGCGUUCUACGACGACUCGCACGGUCGUUACUACUACGUCAGCUCGGAGACGGGGGCGACAACGUGGGAGCAGCCGCCGAUGCCGGCGCCGCCCCCGAUCCCGGCCAAGCCGACAACGACGACGCAACGCAAGAAGCGGCGGGUGCGGGUGGGCGGCCGGCCGCCGGUCCCUGCCCGCAAGACCAAGCCCAAGGUGCCGCCGGCGCCGUCGCCGGUUGUGGUCGCUGCCGCCGCCGCAGUUGCAUCGGCCAAUGCGGUUGAGCCGAUGGCAGCGGACGGGAGCUCGCCGCCGCUCGACGAAGACGCGUCGGACGCACUCGGCCCGCGCGCUGUCGCGCUUGCCUCGGCACUUCAGGGUCUCAAGCUCGCCUCGACCGGUGGGUCGGGCGCCGAGCUCGACGACGCGGCGUACAAGGUUACGCGCGCGUACCCGCAGUUUGCGGACGCGCUGAUGGCCGCGGUCGAGAAGCUGCCCGAGGGCUCUGCGCGGCGAGUCAAUGCGUCGCAGGCGGCCAAGGCUGUCACGCGCCUGGCAGCCGCGUCUGUGGUCGCCGCACAGGCGGUCAACGCCGACCGCGGAGACGCCGACGCGGCGCUGGCGCUCGAGCAGACGACCUCGCUCGCCGAUGUCCAGCUCCGGGCGCUGAUGUCGGCGCUGAUGGGCGACGACGCACGCGGACUCGACGACUUUACCUCGCUCCUCGAGGCGACGCAGUCAAAGAACGCCGAGAUUGCGCAGAUGCGUAAGGUGCUCGACUCGGCGGAGGCGUCGUCAGCCGAGGGCUCUGCCCAGGUCCAGGCGCUCAUGUCAGAGAUCGAGUCGCUCAACGGCAAGCUCGCCGAGUCCAAGUCAAAGUUUGCGGCGGCCGAGGCCGAGCGGCGCGCGCUGGAGGAGAAGGCGCAGGGCGAGACUCGCCAGCAGAUCGAGGGCUACCAGCACGAGAUUGCGACGCUCAAGGAGCGCGUGGCCGAGCUCGAGGCCGAGCUCGCCGCGCUCCGCGCUCAGCUCGCCGAGAAGGAGGGUCUCUCGCACGAGAAGCUCAACGAGAUGACUGCCGAGCGCGACGAUGCGCUCGACGAGGUGGCACGGCUCAAGCAGGAGCUUGCCGACGAGCGGGCGGCGCGGGCCAAGCUCGAGGAGCUCGCGCCCGAGCUCAAGGCGCAGCUCGCCGAGAUGCAGGCAAAGCUCGAGGCCGAGAAGAUGGCGUUCAAGAAGAAGCUGGCCGAGCAGGCCGACUUUGCGCUCGAGGGCGCAGACGCCAAGCUCAUCGAGUUUAUCAACUCGACGCUGGCGUCGGACCCGCACGUGGCGUCGCUGCUUCCGAUGAACCCGCGGGCGGUGUCGGUGGCCACUGCCGCUGCCGAUGGCGUCCUCCUCUGCAAGUACCUCAACGCAAUGAUGCCGGGCUCGGUCGACGAGCGUGUCAUCAACUUCAACAUCUCGGACGAGGACGACGUGCUGAUGAACCAAAGCCUGGUCAUCAACACUGCCCGCGCCAUUGGCUGCCCGGCGCUCAACGUCACACCCAAGGCGCUCUACACCGGCAAGGUCCCGCAGAUUCUCUCGCUCCUGUGGGACAUCACCCGUGCCGGUCUGCUUGCCGUCGUCAACGUUGUCCGCCACCCGGAGCUGUUUGAGCUUCAGGCCAGCGACGAGGAGGUUGCGGCGUUUUCUCGCCUCCCGCCCGAGGUCGUCCUUGUCCGCUGGGUCAACCACCACGCGGUGGCGCGCGGCGCGCCGGCCAUUGACUCGUUUGCCGACCUCGCGGACGGCGUGGCGCUCGUCCACCUGCUCAACGCGCUCGAGCCGAGCACCGGGCUCGGCGCGCUGGCACAGGGCGAUCCGGAGGCGCGCGCCGGCGUUCUCCUCCAGGCCGCGUCUGGCAUUGUCGGCAACUUUUCGUGGGUCACCCCCGCCGACGUGGCCGGUGGCAACGUCCGGCUGCUGCUCUUCUUUGUGGCGUCGCUCUUCUCGGCCCGCACUGGGCUCACCCUCACCGAGGAGAUGGAGCUUGCCCUCGGCGACUUUGACGAGGCCGAGCUGCAGGGCACCGCCGAGGAGCGGGCAUACCUGGCGUGGAUUGGUGCCAAGGGCGUGGAGGAUGUCCACGACCUCAAGCGCGACUUUAUGGAUGGCAUCAAGAUGCUUGAGCUCGAGGACAAGGUCGAGCCGGGCAUUGUCACCUGGGACCGCGUCAACCGGGCCAAGGACGGCAAGUCACUCCACGUGGUCCGCAAGGUCGAGAACGCGAACCUCGCUGUGACUCUGGGCCGCGACCUCGGCCUUGUCCUUGUCGGCAUCGACGGUAAGGACCUCGUCGACGGCUCGCAGAAGCUCACCAUGGCGGUUAUCUGGCAGCUCCUCCGAUACGACCUCCUUCGCUCCAUCUCGUCGCUCUCGUACGGUGGGCGCGCCGUCUCGGAGCAGGACGUCUGGCAGUGGGCCGUCUCCAAGGUCCGCGCGUCGGGCAAGCCCGUCGACGUCAAGUCGUUCAAGGACCGCUCGCUCUCCUCGGGUCUCUUCCUCAUCGACCUUCUCGCCGCCUGCAACCCGCGCGCUAUCGACUACUCGAUGGUCGAGCCCGGCCUCACCCCGGAAGAGAAGGAGGCCAACGCCAAGCUCGUCCUGGGCUCGGCCCGUCGCCUCGGAGCCUCGCACUACCUCGUCCCCGAGCACAUCACUUCGGUCGACCCGAAGAUGCUCCUUAUGCUCGUCGGUACCCUCAUGGAGGCCACGGCCAAGCGCAAGGGCAAGAAGAAGUAAGGGACGCCCCAAUCCCCCCCCCCC